AUGACCACCUUCAAUGAUCCCAACCAAGUAAUUCACCUCAACAUCAUGAACCCCUCAUCCUCCAUUAAUCUCUCCUUCUCCUCCCUUACCUCCACGCCACAGUUCACCUUUCUCCCUCCCUUACCCCUCUCCCCCCACCCACCUCCAACACCACCCAAGCUCUAUAGAGGCGUCCGGCAGCGCCAUUGGGGCAAAUGGGUGGCCGAAAUUCGCCUCCCCCGCAACCGCACCCGUAUAUGGCUCGGCACCUUCGACACCGCCGAGGACGCCGCCAUGGCCUAUGAUGCUGCCGCCUUCAAGCUUCGAGGCGAAUUUGCCAACCUCAACUUCCCCAACCUCAAACACCACAUAGCUCGAUCGGCUGCCGCCAUCUCCUUGCUUGAAGCCAAGCUCAAGUCUUUUAAGGACAAUGGCGGCGGCCACGAUGCGAGGAAGAGGAAGAGGAUGGAGGAGGAGGAAGAGGAGGAGGAGAGAAGGAAGGUGGUGAUGGCGGAGGAGGAAGUGGAUGGGGUGUUACUUAGCACGAUGCCUUCUCUUGAUAUGGAUAGCAUUUGGGAUUCUUUGAAAGAUUCUGGUUCAGAGUAGUUCUUCAGCAUCGUUUUUUUUUUUUUUAAGUUCUUUCUUCUUUGAUUUUAAAUUUUAACGUCUAACUUUAGUUUAAAUAUGUUUUUUUAAUUGGAUCUUUGGUGAUCUGUAGA